CAAUGGGAGCGCGAGACGGUUUGAACACGGAGGGAGCCAUGGAGGGCAGCGGAGACGCGGAGUGGGUGCGUGUGGCGAAUGAGCUGCUGAGGCGCUGCCACGUGAACCUGCGCGUGCGGCGCCUGGCGGAGUGCGACGCCAAUGUGUUCGUGGCGAUCUACGAGGCCACGCUCGGGGAGAAGGUGCCAGAUUCAAUAGCCGUGCCCAAGUCCAAAGAGGAUGAUGCGCACAACGUACAAAGCAUUAUUGACUCCUUGGCUCUUGACUACCUGCAGAUCAGCCUCUCACACAUCACAGGCGAAAACGUCGUGAAUGGACACAAGGAUUCGAUACGGAACCUCCUGGAGAUUUUUGAUGGCCUUGUCGACUACCUGUCUGAGCAGGUGGACGAAGACUCGUCGCAGCACAGUGGCGACGACGAUGUCCUGCUCUCCAAGGAAGAGCUCGCGGUGGUCCAUGACGUUUUGGGAGAAGACCUCGGACCGGAUCGUGAGCGUGGAGCCACCAGGGUGGAGAUGGGUGGAGCUGCCAUUCCAGAGCCUGCCUUCACCUGCAGCCGUGCGCACCAGUCGGCGAACCUGUCUCUGCCGAGCUGGGACGUGGAUGGCACGGAAUCCACGGCUGAGCUCAUCCGGCUGGGCGAGACUGCACACUCCUUUACCGUGCGCGCCGAGAGCCAAGCUGCUAUGGACCAGGUCUCUGUGAGCAGCGUGGACCUAGUACCAGACAGAGAGAAGAGGGAUCUCAACUUGACCCAAACGAUUCAUGGUCCUGAGCAUCGCGUGCCUGCUUCUGGCCUCUUUCAAGCAGGUCGAUCGGAUUCUCUGUCAUCUCUGAGCGAGCACACCAUAUCCACGCACCUUGCCCUGCCACCUUCCAUCAAGGCCGUGUGGAUGGAGGAACCCAUGCCGGGUACAGCUGCCAGUCUGCUGGGCACCAUGCAAGUUGCCGCGAGACCGCGAGAGCCGUUGGAGGGAGACGCGGCGGCGUCCCCAACGCACGACCGCGCCGGGUUGAGCCCUCGCUACUCGUGGGUGGACGACCCCCUGGUGGGGUCGGCCGUUCCGCUGAGGCCUCCGCUGCAGCUGGAAGACGGAGGCUACUCGCUGCGGGUGGUCGACGGCACCUCGGCGAAUCCCCGUGACGGACUCGACUCGUCUGCAGAGCGCAAAGACGCGGAAAGUCAGACCGAUUUACAGGCGGUGGGAACAUCACAUGAGGAAGCGCGGGCCACUUCUCCAAAGAGUUGUGUUUGUGAAGACAGAGUAAGAACUGGAGAUGACUCUACAUCCAGAGACCGUCAACAGGCUGCAAGCCGCGAUGAGUCACUGCACACGGAUGAUGUCUCGGGCACCAGAAGAUCCCUGGCCUUUGGCACCCGGCUCGGGGAAGCCAUCGCGGCCACUGACAAUCGUCGCCCGCCGCCACCGACAUCGGCGCUGCCAACGAUGACGAAGGCGUUAUACGAUGCCGGGGAGUUUCGCGACGCCGGGGAGUUUCGCGACGCCAAGGGGGUGAAAGGGAGCCCCUGCCCAUCCAGGCGCAGGCUGUUUGACGGGGACGCGCUGCCGGCGUCCGAGACGCUGUCUCGCCGGCGCGCCAAGAAUCUGGAAUCGGAGCGCGAGCUCCGCGAGAUGUCGGACUGCCUGUCGCACCGGCUGGAGCAGCUGGACAGGGCGCUGAGGAUGGCGACGGGCGCGACGCGUGGGAGAGCGGGCGACCCCGAGCUCCUGCGGGGGGACGAAGAGGAGGAGGUGUUUUCGCGGCACAGCGACAGCGCCGUGGACUACAGCCCCGCUCGGCCCGUCACAGCCCCACGGGGAGGGAGGAGCACCAUUGCCACGGCAACGCCCAGGGCCCGCCCCCACUCCACGUCACCGCCACGAAAGUUGUCGCCACGGAGACUGUCUCCACAGGGACCGCCCCCCCUGCUGGAGGAGGUGCUGCAGCUGGCGCGCCCGGCCCCCAUGAGGAGGGUGCGCUGGGAGCUGCGGCAGGAGGGAGAGCUGCAGCGACUCAAAGCGCAGGUGGUGAAGCGUGCAUAUGAAGCGGAGCUCAAGGAUGCCCGGGUGAGGGAGGGGCGGAGGCUGGAGACCGACAGGAGGAAGCUCACAGAGAUGGAGGACGAGUACAAGGAAAACGUGCGAGCGCGAGUGCCGCUCACCCCACAGGCCCGGCGCGUCUACGCCCCCCGGCGAGCGCCGGGAUCAGCCCCGACGACGCCAUCGCGCAAGCACCGCCUGCAACCGCCCGGCUCUGGCUACGGCUCGCGUUCGGCCACGGGCUACGGCUCGGGCUCGGGCACCGGCACACCCGUCAAGACGGCACGUCCCCCGCACCGGGGGGGGACGGGGGGGGCGGCCAGCCCGGCGGCGUCGCCGUGGAAACAGGGCAAAAGCCGGCUCCGCUCCGUGUCGCUGUCGCCGGCGCAAGGGGGACUGUUGCGGCCGAGGAAACCCUCGCCCCUGCGCGUCAAGGAGAACGACCUGUUGCCCGUGCUGCUGGCCGAGUUCCCGCACCUGCACAUCUCCCCACACACACUCAACCGCAUGUGGCGCCAGCAGUGCCAGCAGAUGGAUCGCCUGACGCAGAUCGCCGCCCGCCCAGACCGGAGCCACGCCAAGCUGCAGGGCGAGCUGGAAGAGGCGCAGAGGAAACACGACCUGCUGGUGGCGAUCAUCAAGAAGGAGCAGGAGCACAACCAGCGACUGCGCGAGGUGCGGGAGCGCGUGAGGCAACAGAAAGCGUCGGAGAGUCGGCGCAGGGAGCAGCGUGAGCAGGUGGCACGGGCGCGCCACUACUACAGCCGCUACCACCUGCAGCAGCGAGCCAGGAUGCUGAGAGAGAGGACUCGCGAGGAGCGGGUGUUCCGCCAGCUGUUUGAGGAGGGUCUGGAGGUCCAGAAGGAGCGGCUGAGCGAGCUUCGCAGCUACGCUCGCGACAAGCACGACGAGCAACGGCAGCGGCAACGCGACGAGCUGCAGUCGGUGGAGAACUACUACAAGGACCAGUUUUCGAUGCUCGCCGACACUGUCAGCCAGGAGCGUCGGGACAUGCAGGUGCGGGAGAAGGCACAGGGCAAGGCGGUGCACAAGUUGCGGCGGGAGUUGCGCGGCAAGAUGGAGCGCGACAUCCAGGAGCUGCAGGAGCUGUUGGCGCACGACGACGCCGUGGCGCACUUCCGCGAGGUGGAGGCUGACCGCGUGCGGCGACAGCUGCAGGUGGCGACCUUCACUUACGCGCAGGAGCACGCCGCGUCGUCGUCGCCGCCGCCUUGAUUGUCGUCAGCGGCAGGAGUGAUUUUGGAAGGAGCCCGGUUUUGGUUGAAUUAGCGGAUGGAAUAAUGAGUCGUGCCCAAACCAAAAUGUUCAACUUACCGGUUGCCACCUGGGAUGGCCAAACUUUAUUGGUACCAAUGGCUUUAUAUGGCCACUGAAAGCAAGUUGUGACGAGCCAGUGGUGGCACAUACAAGUGGAUGGCUGACAACCUUUUUAAUAGUUCCUAUGCAAUUAUCCUUUCGUGACUGUAUAAGAGGAUUAAUACCACUAAAUGUUGUCCCCUUAAGUAGCACCGAAUUAAUGUGUGCUGACCGUGGGCUGAUAAGUUAUUUUGAACUCUGUGGAGCAGCCUUACAUCUUGUUGCGGGCAGGGUGGGGAAGAUGUUGGAAAUAAUUAAAUGCGAGUCGCUUAAAGAAGUGUCCCUUAAAAGUGUCCCAUCACCCACUGAUGCAUUUUUAUUUUCCACGUAUAGAUUGUUCAUUUCGAAACAAAGCAACGGAAUGUUUUGUCCUCUGAGCUGGAACAAUACAAAAUGAAGUGAGGGGAAAAACAGAUCUACAUUUAUAUGGCUGGGUUUACCGUGUGGUCAUUCGUAACAAGUGUGAAACCAUCAGAUAUCGACACAAGUCUGGUUUAAUGGUAGUGGCUAGAACUAUGAUUUACACACGGGAACGAUUGGUGCAGGCACAGUGCUGACGCAGGCAUUGUCCCAACCAGUCACACACUUGAUUUGUUUUUACGGCUGUUGGCCUGACCAUGUUAUUUUAAGCAUGAGUGAUGCUGUUAACACCACAGGCUCUCACUCCUCUUGACGGUAGCUCUGCACAAAAAUAGUUUUACAAUUUUCACCUCUAGGAAAUAUUUAGCUUUUAAUUUGCAAUGCGGAAAAAUAUUUUUGUUCCCCAGGUGUGCAUUUUUGUUGCUGUGGUUUUAAUGUGAAGUAAAGAAAUCAAAAUUAAUGUGUUUUUUUAACCAAUAACACUGUGCUGCUGUACUGUUUAGGAUCAAUUUGAUUGGACUAAUGCUUGCGUUACAGUCAAAAGUUACAUUUCUGUGCCACUCAAAACGGCAUUGUACUUAAGAAUAUUAUUAAAUGGUGAAAAGUUUUCCUGUGAUUUAUAAUAAAUCUUUGUUCCACGAAUGAACAGGUACAUUUCAAAA